AUGAAUAUGUUACCAAUAUCAACAAAUGAUUUCUAUCAACGAUAUUUUUCAUCUAUAAAUAUGUUAGCAACAAUUCAAAGAACAAAAAAUAAUAGAAUAUCAAGUUUUUAUAUUAAUGAUAUACUUGGUGAUUCAAAAAAGACUUCAACAAUUGAUUGUUGUCAUUCAAUUUUAACGAAUGAACAAGGAGAUUUAUUAAUAAAUAGACAGAAGAAAAAAAAGAAAAAAGCACGAACUACAUUUACAGGUAAACAAAUUUUUGAACUUGAGAAAAAAUUUGAAGAUAAAAAAUACUUAUCAUCAACUGAACGUGCUGAAAUGGCGACAUUACUUACUGUUACAGAAACACAAGUUAAAAUUUGGUUUCAAAAUCGUCGAACAAAAUGGAAGAAGACAGAAAAUGUAUCCAAUGCAGAAGCCGCUGAACAUAAAUUAGGCACACGGAAAAUGUCAUCAACAUCAUCAGCAUCAUCAUUUGAUCAUAAUCAAAAACAAGUUGUUCAAUUACCAACUAGUGAUAGUACGAGUAGUAAAAGUAGUACUUGCAGUUCGACUAGUUCUCAUCAAGGUGAUGAACAAUCAUAUGAUACAUCACUAAGUUUACUUUAUUUUAAUCCUUUUACACAUUUACUUCAAAAAUCAUCAUCAUCAACAAUUAAUGAACGUUCUUGUUCUAUAUCAUCAUUCACAUCAUGUCCUUUAUCAAAACAUGAAGAUUAUCAUUGUUUAUCUUCUUGUUCUACACCUAUAAAUGAUAUUGUUGACGAUUGUAAAAAAAAUGAAAAUUCGACAUUAGAAUCUCCGAAUGAUUCCAGAUGA